CACCAUCAAUUAAUCCCUCUCGACCUGCUUGGAUUAAGGGCAAAAUCAGCAUUAACCUUGACAACAACAGCACUUGGUAUAUAGGAUGUAGCCAUUGUUUAAAAAAGGUUUAUGCACAAAGUGACCAGCAAUUUAACUGUAUGCAUUGUGGUGAAAAGAGAGCGGUGGGUACUCCAAGGUGCAAAUUGGAUGUGGAAAUUGUUGAUGAAACUGGGCACAUUGCGGCGUCAGUAUUUGGACUACUUGCAGAGUCAUUGUUGUUACAUUCAAGUAAACAAGUUAUGGAACUAGAACAAGAGGGGAAAAAACUACCACUCCUAAAUAUCAACAAGCGCCUACAAGAUCAAGAGUUCGUUGUACAACUAAGAUCUCAGGCAUAUACGCAACAAGGCAGAUCCACUUCUUCCUACAGUAUAAUCUCAUUGCAUGAUGCUUCCCACUAUGAUAUUACAACUAACACAAUUGAGCAUGGCGCACUACCAAAUCAAAAGAAGAGGAUGUGUACUGAAGGUGAAGAUCAAGAGAAUGACAAUGCCUCCCUCAAGAGAAUUAAGAAGGCUUAGAGAAAUUUAUUAAACCAAAUGUAGAUUUUAUUUAGACUAUUAU